AUGACAGACGUUCUCUCUCACCCGCCCAAAACCGGUUCGCAGUACCCGUAUGGGCCGUACGGUUCUCUCAAGCGACGAGCCUCCUCGCCUGUCGACCGGUCCAGGGUUGUUUCUCGACGACGGAUCGACCCACUCAUCCCGGCCGAAGAAUACCUCCCAAACGAUGAACAACGUACACUGGACAAUCUCACCGUGAAGGCCAUCCAUGCGUAUAGAGGGACCGUCUUCGAUCCCGUGCAUUCUCUCAAGGCAUACAUUCGCGUCUGUGACGAGCUCGCCCAGGGGGAAGCGGAGCGAAUGCGAAUGAGACGGCUAAUGGACGAGCGGGAGGAGCUCGAGCUACUGCUAGACACGCAGAAAGAGUUCUCCGAUAGAGAUCUGUCAAUCAUACGAAACUCUCCAUUUCUACGGCGAAAGCUCGCGGAGAAGUUACCAGGCAAAGACAAGUCGUCAACACCGUCGCGUACACUAUCGAUGAUCUCCCCUCCACUUACCUCCUCUCAGCCCUCCUCGUCGUCGCCACGCCCUGCUCCCAAGAACGGCUCAUCCCUCCCCAUGACCCAACCCAUGCCUCCCCAACCUCGCAUUCCCACCCCUCUUCAGCUAUCCGCCUCCCAUCCACACCAGUCCUCGCCGCAUAUGUCAGCCUACAAGACACCGGCCAUGAUCAAGCGCGAACCUGACGCACGUCUUUCCCAGCUGCACGAGCCAACACUCCCGCGCUCGUACGGCCCACCACCCCCUGGCCAGAGCAGCUUCCAACUCUCUCCGACUCCCCCAAGACCCUCCACGAUCCAUCAUUCCCCUAAGCAACCCACGAUCCCUUCCGUCGCGCGCCCCGUCGAGCCCGAAGGGCCCACGCGGCUAACCACCGCACACCCCUACUCGUCUUCGCCCUACGCGCUCAAAUUAGAUUCUGCAAAGCCUCGUUCAGCUGGUAUGCCCAUCACUGCACGCGAAGCCCUUGCUGCUACUGGGCAGUCACCUCGCCCGGCCCAGCCGAGCGUGCUCCUCUCUCCUUCCGGCCCUCAGCCACCACUCCCUCAGACGAGCUCAAACACGUGGUUCAUCCCCUAUCAUGUGCCUGGCCCGACUGGGCCGAAUCCCCUAACGUUCGACUUUCCCAAGGGAACGAUCAAGUACGACUGUCCGUGGUGCGACAAGACGUACACCGGGGCCAAUGCGCGGAGUGUGUGGCGCCGUCAUGCGCAGGAGAAGCAUAAUCUACCUACGUUGUUACGGAAGAGAAGCCGAUGGGAUACAGGCGAUGACGAUUUGGAGGCGAUCAGGCCCAAGUCGCUCGAAGAGAAGAAAGAACGCAACUUGGCGAGCAAACGGCAGUGGGCGAAGGAUAACAGGGUUAAGAAGAAGAUCCAGGAGCAGAUUGAAAGGUUGCCGUCGAACGACGCAUAUAGGCGUAUCCUGCAGAGCGAGUUGGAGAACAUGAGCAGGAAGCACAGAGCGUGGGAGAGCGAGUGGGCAGAGGAGCUCUCUGAGAUGCCUGCUUCUGAUGGCGAGAUGGACACAGAGCCUGACGUCGUCGAGUUGAGUGGUCCGCCGUCUGUCAUCGCCCAGCCCGAAGAGGAACAUCCCAUGUCAUUCAGGAUACCCACAGGGUUCGGCUCAUCCCCCGCUCCAGUACACCAUGGACCCAACCACAUGUGGCGUACACUUUCUGCUGGUCCUCCUUAUCACCCCAGUUCACUAGGCCACCACAUCAGGCACGCGAGCCUUAAUUCCCUAUCUCAGGAGGUUUGCACCCAUGAAAUGAGGAAACCCAGCUUAGGCGACGAGAGCAGUUACAGCGGCGACACGGCCAGUCCGAGAGACAUGGAAAGCAGUGAGGAAGACGCAAGAUGGGAAGAGAACUCAGCGUCCAUAUCUAAGCAGGGUGAGCGCGACUCUUCGCCGCCGAUCAAGAGACGGAGGAGGAAGCCUGGAGAGUGGGUCAUCAAGACCGGCAUCGACCGUUGCGAUCUGUGCCAGCGUAGACGUGUGCCAGAAUGCGUUGUCGGCCCUCACAAGAAAGCAUGUAUUCUAUGCGCCAAGAAGAAGGUGCAAUGCGGCUGGAGCUUCUCCGAACAUUGUCAUGGCAUCAUAACUCUUCCAUUCAUGCCCGGUUUUCCUCAUCUUCACCGGCCCCCUGGUACCCAAACGCGGGAGCAGGAGCUGCGCGAUCGCGCAGCACCUUGGCCUGAACCUUUCAGGCCUCGACAAGCGUUUGGAGAAGUGGAUAUGGACCUUGCGUACCCGAACGAUGAGGAGCCCAAGGAGAGGCGUGAAUCUCGCCCACCUAUCAACCCCGUGGCUGAUAGGAACACAAUGCUCCGACUCGAUGAAGCGCUGCCUCCUCAGCCUACUCAGCUUCGUGUACGUACGCCUUCAUCUGGGAGCACCGUACGCAGCAACAACAUGCCGAGAGGGGAUCGCAACAUGCAGAGCGGGGAGCGCGACAAAGAAGGGAGACAGAUUCCAUAUACCGGUGCUGCCCGCUGCAAUGGAUGUAUAUCGGGUCAACUGGAAGACUGCUUCUAUGAACGCGGUAUCUGCCACGCCUGCCGAGACAAGGGCCAGAAGUGCGAGUGGACCAUCGUCGACAAAAUGCGUUCGCCUUCGGUCUCCUUGCCACCCACACGUACGUCUUCUGUAACCUCCUGCAGUCAAUCCGCACCUCCACCCGCAGCGGAUCCUAUACAAACGGACCAGGAUCGCACUAGCUCGGUCGUGCUUCGACAAGUCGUUCAACUGGCUGAGGAACUUCGUUCCGACAAAGUCAAGGAUGACGAGGUGCUAGGGUUAAUGGCCCGCAUUCUGCGUGCGAAGAAAGGGUUCAGGCCCGGACUAGUCGAAUGGCUCGAGGAAGACCGGGCACUGUACAAGGAGCGGCUGCUCCUCUUAAUUGAGGAAAUGCAGGCGAAGUAUGUUACCCGCGAGAAGGGGACGCUGGGAGACUGUAUGGAAGCCGAUCGCCGGCGGAGGGCAGAAGACAGCGAAGCUUUGCCCGCCGCUGUGCCAGUUGCGCCGAUCAAGUCCCCGCUACCCAUGCCUACAACUACACCUGCACCGAGUCAAACACCUGCGAAAUCACCUGAAGAGCUUCCUAUCGUACCGGCGAAGGUGGAUUCCCCUCCCCCUUCCCCGGUGGAAACUGUCGACCUGCCACCGGCCAAAGCUGUAACACCCACUCCCACCAUCCCCUCAUCAUCUGUCGUGACCCCACUGGGGUCCACAGACCCGCUGCCGCCUACAACAGAACCUGCAGAUGAAGUGUUACCCGCCGCGUCGACCUCUGAAGAAGGCCCCAUACCUUCGAACCCGGAUAUAGUUGUACCCCCGGAGGCGCCGACGGCGGAAUAAGGAUAAUAGGAUGUUCAUGUAUGUAGCAUUCAGUUGCGACGUGGUUCCGUAAGGUUGCUCUAUGUAGUUCCCAGUUUCCU